CUUCCUGCCAGUGAAACAGGAUCAGAAAACACUGAAAACAUCGACGAGGAACACACCAACUGCUGCCAGGCCUGCUGCUCCCAGAUGAUGAAGCUCAGCUGCUGCCGGACGCUGCGGCGCUGGAACCGAGUCUGUCGCAGGAACUGUCGGACUGCCGUCAAAUCGGUGACGUUCUAUUGGCUCGUUCUGCUGCUCGUCUUCCUCAACACGUCCCUCAGCGCCUCCGAGCACUACAACCAACCGGAUUGGCUAACAGAAGUCCAAGACAUCGCCAACAAGGUCCUGCUGUCCCUGUUCACGGUGGAGAUGCUGCUGAAGAUGUACAGUCUGGGUCUGGCCCACUACUUCGUGGCGUUCUUCAACCGCUUCGACUGCUUCGUGGUGUGCGGCGGCAUCGUGGAGACCAUCCUGGUGGAGCUGGGCAUCAUGCCGCCGCUGGGCAUCUCCGUGCUGCGCUGCGUCCGCCUGCUCAGGAUCUUCAAGGUCACACG